GGAUAUAUUGAUGGGCAAUGAUUAUCGCCGAGUCGCACGAUCGAAAUGGAUCCUUGAAUAGUCACCAGACCAUGUCUUGAGCUAUACCUGUCCUGCGUACCAAUAAGUAACGAAAUUAAGCCACAUCGUUCUCUUAAUGCUGCGCAAUUGCGAGUUUUUUUUUUUUUUAUUCCAGCAAAAAAAAAAUCAUUGUCUGGGUGCAAGUCUCGGUGUACAACGUACGCCACAGCUUGGGAACAUAGACGAGUUGGCGCAAUCGAAAGUGACACAAAUUCUUGGGGCUCUGAGCUACAUCGACGGUAAGACACCCAGAAAGAUGAAACACGUGAGAAUCGGAGAGCAGGAGGAUGACCCAGGGGAAACUGAACAACUUCCGGUCAAACGGGAACUUGAAGGAGGUGAUACUAAAGUAGAGAUGAGUAGCAACACCGGAACUAAGCAUUGGGCGACCGGUAACUUCAUCAGCGUCGUAACAUGGCAGUGGUUAACACCGCUGUUCCGCACCGCCAAGAAACGCGGACUUAACGACAACGACCUCUAUCCCAUCUUGCCCGUGGACUCAGCGGAGAAAAACGCCAAGAUCUUUGCUCAGUUAUGGGAGGAAGAGAUAAAACAUCACGGUGGUGACGCGGUCAAAGCAUCACUGGGACGCGUCAUUCUGCGGUUCGUAUCGUGGCGUAUUCUCGGCAGUAUGCUCAUGGUUAUAUUAUCCCAAUUGGUCAUAUUUCUUCUUUCGUCCGUUUCCAUCCGUGGUCUUAUUCAAUUUUCCGAGGAUGCGACUGCGCCCGUUUACCGCGGUAUUCUGUAUGCGGUCAGCGCUAUGCUCUUCACAAUGCUCUACAACAUUAUCCUCAAUGCAAACUACCUCAUCGGGGCUAGCACCGCGGUGCGGCUACGAGGCGGCGUGGUGGCGUUAUUACUACAGAAGGUUCUGCGGCUGCGUGGUCUUCACAAUACAUCGAUGGGCGAGAUUGUAAAUCUAUGUGUCAACGAUGCGAAUAGACUCCAUGAUGGAGUGGUGUAUACACCUUAUGUCGUUGGAGCGCCCGUGUCAUUCAUUUGCGCAUGCGUAUUCACGACUUACAUAAUGGGCAAAUCAGCUUUGAUUGGGAUGUUGGUCUACGCGCUCACAUACAUCGUACAGUUCGCAUUAACAGGAGGCAAGGUGAUCUACCGUGCACGCAUGAUGAAAGAGACGGAUAAACGAGUUCACAUCAUCAGUGAGAUGCUGACUAACAUCAAGUUCAUCAAGAUGUAUGCAUGGGAAGAUUGCUUUGAGAAGAAGGUCAAUGAACUCCGCCGAAGUGAACUACGACAUCUCGUUGGUUUGCGCAUCCUUAGUGGUAUCGAAAAGAGCCUCAUCAUAUCUGUACCAAUAGUAGCUGUAGUAACCACAAUCAUGUUCAAACUCUAUCUCAAAGAGAGUCUUUCCCCAGACCAGGUGUUGACCUAUUUAGCCGUCAUCUACAGUAUACGUUCGAUGCUCAACAUGUCUCAGUAUGGUUUUCAAUACUUGAGUGAUAUCCUGGUGUCCAUACCACGUAUCAAGAACUUGCUGAUUCAAGAUGAGAUACUACCCAUCACAGACAGUGUCAAUGACCGGUCGAAUGCGAUCGAGAUGAACUCGGUGUCGGCUGCUUGGGAUGACUGCAGUAAAGACAAGAAGACUCAAUGCGAUACAGCUCGGGAUACAGAAGAUCAUGACUUCCUAGACAGAGGAAAUGUUCCAUCAUCAAACCUCUAUGGAGCAUGCGCAUUGAAUGAUGUAUCGGCGGCAGUCAAAAAGGGAUCUCUUGUUGGUAUAUGCGGUAGUUUAGGAAGUGGUAAAACCAGCUUACUACACACCAUACUGCAACAGACACACAUCCUUGAAGGGUCCAUAGCUGUAUCAGGGUCUUUGGCAUACACCUCCCAACAACCUGAUAUCUUCAACGCAACAUUACGUGAGAACAUCACCAUGUUCGGCGACCAUUGUGAAGAUGAAGUCGAGACUAAGGACGAUGCUGAGAGAGUUCACAGAGAAGAGAGAUACUGGGAAGCGGUCAGGGUAUGUUGUCUGAGUGACGAAAUCGCGGCGCUUCCGUGCGGUGAUCGUACGGAGAUCGGCGAGCGUGGUGUCAACCUGAGUGGAGGACAGAAGCAUCGUGUGAGUCUGGCUCGAGCUGUGUACGCUGAUCGAGACAUCUACUUACUGGAUGAUCCGUUGAGUGCUGUGGAUACAAGGGUAGCAGAACACAUCUACACAGAGUGCCUCGCAGGUAUCCUCAAGGAGAAGACCGUACUCUUGGUCACAUCUAACCUACAGUACCUGAGCAAAUGUGACGAGGUGAUUGUUAUCAGCAAUGGACGGGUGAUCGAACAGGGUACACACACGCAGCUCAUGACAGAUGAAGCCGAGUAUGCUCGCCUUCUACGAACAUUUGGCUCUGACCACGACAAAACAGCAGACGACUACAUCAGCGUGCAGAACGACGACGAAAGCUGCACCGAUAACGGUGACCUCUUGGCAAAUUGCUCGACGAGAAAUAUGAAUGAAGAGUGUCUAGAAGAAAAGAUUAAGGGUCAGUUGGUAGACGCAGAGACUCACAAGCAGGGUGCAGUCAGCACAGGGACCUAUCUGGCCUAUUUCAAAUACGCAGGAGGUGUCCUUCCAUGCUUAUUUUCUUUAUUCUUAUAUAUUCUAUCACCAGCGAGCGCUGCAUUCAACAACGUCUGGCUAAGUCAUUGGCUCAGCGCGGGCAGUGGCAUCCCUCAAAAUGACACCCAUCAGUCAGAAGAUGAACAAGAUAUUCUGAAGAAUCCUGAAUUCCAUUUUUACAGGGAUAUCUAUCUGUAUAGCUUUCUGAGUGUGUUUGUAGUAUGUAGUCUUAGCAUAGUUUAUUACGUAAUGAUUACGCUGAGGGCGUCGUUCAACCUUCAUCGAUCCCUCUACAGGCAGGUCUUCAGUUGCCCGAUGGAAUUCUUUGAUACCACUCCAUCGGGAAGGGUCCUGAAUCGUUUCUCUCGUGACAUUGAUGAAGCAGAUAAUGAAGUCCCGAACGCUCUCGAGACGGCCCUCUGGACAUUUCUCAGUGUGUUUGCAGGUAUUGUUAUUGUCAUCAUGGUCUUUCCCUGGUUUAUCGUCUUUGUUGCCAUUAUUGCUAUUGUCCUUGUGUAUUUGUCUCGAAUGUUUCUACCAGCUAUUCGUGAUAUCAAACGUAUUGAAAAUAUCAAACGAUCACCGCUCAUCGGACACGUUAAAGCUACAGUCGAGGCUCAGACUACCGUCCGGGCAUUUGGCAUGGGAGAACUCUUCGUUAAACGCUGUAACAAGCUUUUAGACGCCAGCGCUGUUCCAAAAAUGCUGUUUUUACUGGGUCCACGAUGGUUGGCAUUUAGACUGGACCUAUGCGUAGCAGUAGCCCAACUGCUACUUGGUCUAUCUGUCGUUUUUACACACAACACUACUGCUGCCGCUUUUGCCGGGUUGGCUCUUGCCUACUCUGUACAGUUUUUAGGAACAUUUCAAUUUUCUGUUCGAAUCUUCACCUUUACACAGGCCCGUUUCACAUCCAUUGAACGCAUCACCGAGUAUAUAAAAAGAUUGAUACCUGAGGGGGGCACCGGGAAAAAGCAUAUAUCAAAAAGUGAUAUUGAUAGUUGGCCCAAACAUGGAAAUAUCACAGUUGAUUCACUUCAACUCAAAUAUCGAGACAACCUUCCGAUUGUAUUGAAGGAUAUUUCCUUCCAUGUUAAUUCUAAAGAGAAAAUUGGAAUCAUUGGAAGAACUGGAUCAGGCAAAUCGUCCAUUGCAGUAGCGCUUUUCCGUCUCGUCGAAGCAACCUCUGGCAGAAUCCAUAUCGAUAACCUCGACAUUGGUAGCAUCCGUAUCAGGGAACUUCGUUCACGUAUCUCUGUGAUUCCUCAGGAUCCUGUUCUCUUUACAGGAACUCUUCGUUUCAACCUAGAUCCAUACGAUCAGUACUCCGACGCUCAGAUUUGGGAUGCUUUGGAUAAAACAUACAUGAAAAAAAGCAUUGCUGGUAUCCAACAACAACUUGAAGUCCGGGUGACGGAAAAUGGCUCUAACUUUUCCUCUGGAGAAAGACAACUUCUCUGUCUAGCAAGAGCUCUCCUGCGCAACUCUACGAUACUGUUCCUUGACGAAGCGACUGCGGCUGUUGAUGCUGAAACAGACAGUCUGGUCCAAAGUACAAUCAGAACAGCUUUUUCAAACUGCACAGUUCUGACCAUAGCCCAUCGUCUUCACACAGUCCUAGACUCUGACCGUAUUCUUGUCUUAGAAGAUGGUACCGUCCUGGAGAUGGAUACUCCAGCAGCACUUCUUGCCAACCCAGACUCCAGACUAAACGCUCUCUUGAGCUCAGGACAAGACGUUUCCGUCAAUAAAACCAACCAUUGUGGACACAAUUAGAACAUUUCCUAUGAGCAGGAUAAGAGUGAAGGAUGUGGGACUAGGCCAUAAUGUGUAGAUUUCAGCUUUGACACUUCUGUUUAGGAUGGAAGACAGGGUAAAGCCCAAUGGUAAUAAAAUAACCGGCUUAUUGAUCCAAGACCCAAUCUGAUAAUACAGCUCAUACUGCUUGCUCAUUUUUCCUUUGUUGGGGGGUAUCUCAUUGAUAUAUUACGUAAUGUGUGUCUCCUUUCAAGAUUUGGUAAGGGGUAGCUAGGUUUCGAGUUAGAUGUAAAUAAGGGUUGCUUUUUUUAGGAGAGCGGGGGGUGGGGGGGGGGGGGGGGUCCCAUAAAUAUAAAGGCAAUGUGUGUCCCCUUUGAAGAUUUUGUAAGGGGCAGUUUUCGAGAUUGAUUUACGUCAGGUUUUUUUGCGUCAUGUCAAAAGAAUAUACAAUAAAAAGAAAAUAACAAAUUCAUUAACAUAUACGGAAUACACUGAUUACAUUACGCAAGACACAUCAUAUGGUAUUAAAUUGAAAAAGAACAACAAAAAGAACGGAAGAAUGUACAUCGAAGUAAACAAAAACAGAGAAACAGACGGCUGGAUAGCCCAUUCUCAGUUGCAACUUGCAUAGUGCAGCUGGUCUUCUAUGGGAACCAGAAAGAAAAAGAAGAAAAAGGAGUCGAAAACGAAGAAGAAAAUGGAAGAAUAAAAAGCAAGACAAACAACAUACAAAUAAAGAGAACAGUGGUAUUUAAAAUAAAAUGAUAUUAAGGUCUCACGGUAUUAUUUAAAUUACGUGUGAAAGAGAUCAUUGAAAUAAGCAUAGAGAUGUGCAGUUGCGAAUAGGUUGGGGAAUGCUGUUGUUAUAGUGUUGUAUAACUUAGCCUCCCUGUAGUAUAAAAAGCGUUUGCAGUUGUCUGUUCGGCGUUUGGGAAGAGAAACAUUAUUGUAUUAUAGAUGAUAAGGCCUGGGGUAUAAAAUUUGUUUUCAGUUAAAUAAUUUGGCGUCAUGUUAUAGAGGAUUUUAAACAUCAUAACACGAGUACGGAAUUUUUGGCGAGAUUUUAUAGUCUCCCACCGCAGUAUAAAGUAACAGAAACAUGUAAUGGAGCUGAUCUUCCAUGGGGACCAGAAAAGAAAAAGAAAAAGAAGACGAGGAAGAAGAAAAACUAGUAGAAAAAAAAGGAGAAGAUGGAAAAACACAAGACCAAAUAAAACAAAACAAGAAGAACAAUGGUAUCUAUUAAUAAAAAGUACUAAGAGGCUGUUUGAUGCAUGUGGUGAUUUUGGUACCCAGAGGAAUAUUUUGCACAAAGGCCCUACAAUGGACAUUAAUAAUGUUAAAGCAAUGAUUAAAUUGCUUCUCGAAUGUGGUGACAAGGCUCCGACUUUCGUUGCAAAGGACCUGAACAGGCUCCCGCCUGUUAGUUUUGACAGCCUCGAUGUGUCAGCCUUGCUGGGAAGACUUCAGAAACUAGAGGGUGAAAUGACAGCACUGAAGAAAUCUGUUAUGUGCCAGGCAAAAGUUACUGAGGAUAUUCAACUAUAGUUACAUCCGAGAUGGAUUCACGUGUGUCGGCUAUAUAUCUCUACGGUACGUGCAAUAAGCUUCUAGUUCCACGCCCACCAUGUCUACUGUACCAGUACCACAAGAAGUGCGGAGUGAGGAUCUUUGGAGCCAGGUGGUACGUCGGGGUGGGAAACGUAAGGCCCCUUAUAUUGAGCCCAACUCUAGCCAGGCCCAAAAACAACCCCAGGAAAGGCCACAGCCCAAAAAGAAGCCGGGUAUAGUUGGGACAGCCACUGUAGGGAAAAUACAAGCUGUCAAGACUAAGAAGGUCAAUGUCUUUGCUACUCGGUUCGACCCUGAUCUUGAUUCUACCAUACUACAGGAGUACCUAAACGAAAGGCUGAAUGACUCUGUUAAGUGUCGAAAGAUAGAAAAGGAGAAAGCUCGUUUCUCAUCGUUCCAGGUUACCGCUUUAUGCAAUGACGUCGGAGAUGUAUGCACCUGAUAUCUGGCCAGAUGGUAUUUUUGUUAGGAGGUUCUAUGAGCCUCGGAAGCAGGGGUCUGUGACACUUUUAGAGUCUUCUGGACCUGUGAGCAGUAGUCAUUCAAUACUCGAAGAGAAGACCCAGAGAGAGCCCUAGCUUGGAUUAUGCUAACCUUUUUAAAUUAACUUCGAUUGUGUUAGUUAUAAUUGUCGUGGGCUGCGUCUUGGGCAGAGCAGUGCAGAGAAAUCUCGUCGUCUUGUCAUUGAAAAACUAUUUCAGGAUGAGGUAGACAUCGUCUGUCUUCAAGAAACUUGGUUAGCUAAGCAAGAUUUAAAUGGAAAUAACUCUUUACAUUCGUUAUAUCAUGGUAUUGGUGAAUCUACUACAGAUCUCAGAAAUGGUCUGGUUCGGGGUCGUAUACCGGCCUGGUGGGGUGGCUAUACUCUGGCACACUAGAUAUGAACACUUAAUUAGUGAAGUUAGAUUAAAUGUUGAUUGGGCUGUAGGGAUUGAAUUCAAAACUGAUGAUAAGAAAUUUGUCAUCAUUAAUAUAUACACUCCUUAUGAGUGUCCUGUAAAUGAAAGUGAUUAUCUUGAGAAAAUAGGAUUUAUUGCGGCGGUUAUUUCUGAGCUAGACACUACCAGUGUUUAUGUGGUAAGUGAUUGGAAUGCAGACAUAUCUGACAAUAGUUCCUUAUUUGGAAAUCAUUUGAGACAAUUUUGUUGUGAUAAUAAUUUUGUGUUAUCAAGUCUGCAUUAUUUACCUGCAGAUAGUUACACUUAUGUUAGUGAAGCAUGGCAUAUACCACGUCAUGGUUGGACCAUUGUAUAUGUACAGCAGAUGCUAAUGCCUCUAUAGAGAAGAUGGAAAUUAUGUAUAGAUUUGCUACAACUGAUCAUAUUCCUAUUAAUUUAUCAAUUGAUGUUGACAAUUCGCCUGGGCAACGUGAUUCAGGCAUGGCUAACACUGUACAUAAAGGCAGGCUAGAUUGGACUAAGAUUGAUAUAAAUCGUAGGUAUAAUUAUUGCUGUGAUACUAUGCUUGAGGGAAUUAAUGUACAUGCACACAAUGCUUUUUUAUGUCGAGAUUCUAAUUGUGUGAACAAUGAACAUGUUAAUUAUGUAUUUAAUACAUAUGAUGAUAUUGUGAAAUGCUUAUGUGAUGCUAGUGAAUCUCUAUAUCACUGUAAAAACAAGGUUCAUAAUACUAGGCCUGGCUGGAAUGAGCAUGUGUCAGAGCUCCACUCUGCUGCUCAUGAGGCUCACCUACUCUGGGUUGAAGCUGGCAAAACACACAGGGACGGUUAUUUGAGCUAAAAAAUGAGGGCCAAUGCACGAUUCAAGUAUGCUCGCCGUUUUAUUAAGAAUAAUGAGAAAGUCAUGCGGGCGGACUCUGUUGCUCGUAAUUGCAGGGUAAAAGUUAUUAUGAAUUUUGGAAAGAAAUUAAAUGUGUUAAUAAUAGUAAAGCGCCUCUUCCAACUAAUAUUGAAGGUAUCUCUAGUGAUGAAAAAAUAAGUGAAUUGUGGUGUAGCCAUUAUAAGGAUUUGUUUAAUUGUGUACAGAGUACGGUGCAGCUAGGAUGUUACUAAUGUUGACUUUGAUGUAAAUAUGGUUAUCUCUCCUGAGGAGGUUAAAGAAGCUAUUAGAAAAUUAGAUGACAAUAAGUCAUGUAGCCUUGAUACUAUAACAGCUGAACAUUUAAAGUUUGCAAGUCCGAAACUCAUGCCCUUGCUUGCAAUGUGCAUUUCCGGAUUUUCGAUUCAUGGUAUCUUACCAGAUAGUAUGAUUUCCGUUGUUUUGGUGCCGGUGUGACCGCGCCGUUUGUCCUACCAGUUUCGUUUGUCCGUCGGACAUAAUAUGCGGUAUGCUAUCCGCACAUUCUGUCCCCCCAUUGUUUUACGUGUAUAUUUGAUAAAAGGAAGCAACUCGGCAAAUCAA